UCAAAAAUAUUAAUAUCUAGUCAGUGUAUGAUUUGAGCUGUACAUUAGCAUGAAACUUAUAUUACUUUACAUUAUAGUUUACCUUUUUUAAGAAAUAAAUUUGUGAAGAAAAACAUAAACUAACCAGGAGUUGUCUUUAUUUUGUAUACCAUAUUGUGAUAUGUACGAAGGGAACAUUAAAAACAAAUAAUCAUAAAAAGACCCCCUCCCCCUCCCCGGUAUGCGUUGCGUCAUCCUUGAAUUCCUAUUGGUGGAUUGGCGAAGAUGAAUCUCGAGAGGAGUCGAGACAAGUGACAGUUAAUUUUUCAAACUGAGGAGUCCGCCAUUUCUGCUCGUUCAUACACUAAGAUAACCAUGGUUGAUAAAUGGUCAGUAGAUGACACGUGCCACUGGCUUCAAACUAUAAACCUCAUUGAUGCAAAAGAAAGUUUCAGAGGUAACGUUACAGAUGAAAAUUUAUAAAUGUUCAUUUUGUGAUGUUGUGAAGUUUCAACUCACAAAGUUUCUAACUCACCUGCAAGUGCAACAUAACCACCAAGCAGAUUUUAGUGUUACCUGUGACAUUGAGCGAUGUUUUAGAAGAUAUAAAACUGUUGCAAGUUACAGAAACCAUAUCUAUCGAAAGCACAGGCAAGCUUUGCAACAUCCCCUAUUUGAAAAGGCUACUGUAUUUGAAGACAAUAAUGAAAGUGAGGAGGAGGUUCCUGAAGAUGAUCUGCUAGAGAACAACCAAAAUUCUUUCCUUGGAAUUGAUUUAGAAACUGUGUUAUUGGGACUGAGACAGCAUGUAGCCCUCUUUAUAUUAAAUCUUCAAGAAAAACAUUUACUUCCUAAAGCAACUCAGGAUACCAUUGUUUCCAGCUUGGAGUUCAUCUUGAAAUUUUUUCAACAAAAUUAUUUUGAAAUCAUAAAAUUCCACUUGACAAAAUCUGGAUUUAGACUAGAGGACCAGGAAGACUUGGAUAACUUGCUAAAUAAUCAGACACUUAUUGAAAGUGUGUUUUCCUAUAUUCAGUCAGAUUAUCAACUUUUCAAAUAUUGCAAAGAACAUCUACACUUAGUGGAGCCAGUCAAGCACAUUCUUGGAACCAAUAGCCAGGGAAAGGAGGACACAUUUCAGUAUGUGCCUAUCAUUGAUGUUCUGAAGACUCAAUUGGAGAAACCUGACAUAUUUGAAUCAUAUCGAAGAACCUGUGAACAAGCCCCAAGUACAGAUUUUUUAAGUAGUUACACAGAUGGAGAAUUAUUCCGUGAGAGCCCCUUUUUUGGAGAUCCUAAUAUUGUAAGAUUACAUCUGUACACUGAUGAAUAUGAAGUGGUAAACCCCUUGGGGUCUAAAAGAUCGGUUCACAAAUUAGCAGCUUUCUAUUUUAUGAUUGGCAAUCUUGAAUCUAACUGCAAAUCACAAUUGAGGCAUAUACAUUUGUGCUUACUUGUAAGAAAUCAAUUUCUAAAGAAGUACUCAUACAGAGACAUCUUGCUUCCCCUGAUUAAUGACCUGAAACUGUUGUACACUCAAGGACUCCAGGUCAGUGUAAAUGGUCAGAACAUCAUUUUGAAAUGCGCCCUUGCCACUAUUUCAGCUGACAACUUGUCUGCUCACAGCCUGGCAGGUUUCACCUGCUGCUUUAGCAGUGGACGGAUCUGUCGCUUUUGUAUGAUCAACUACAAAGACCUAAGGUCUCACGUUAAUGAAGAUGAUGUAAUAAUUCGAUCUUCUCAGGUACAUCAGUACCAUCUGCAAGCACUCAGGGAAAGUAGUGGAAUAUCCAAACAGACAUAUGGUGUGGUCAGUGAGUGCCCUUUCGCUGAGCUGGACUACUUUGAUGUGACAAAAAACUUUCCCCCUGACUUAAUGCACGAUUUUCUUGAGGGUGUGGUGCCUCUUGUGGUUACCAGAGUUAUCCAGGCAUUACAUUUUUUGCACAUUGUCUCAUUAAAUCAGAUAAAUGCUGAAUUGGAUGCAUUUAAGAUAGGGAGAAAUGAACGGGCUAACCUCCCUCAGAAACUUCCAGAUUCUGUCCUAAAGAAAAACACACUAUCAGGGUCUGCAGCUCAGGUCUGGUGCCUCUUCAGGAUUUUGCCAUUUCUCAUUGGACAUUACAUUCCAGAAGGUGAGGUGCACUGGGACAUUUACCUGAAGUGUAGGGAUAUAGGAGAUGUGAUUUUGUCACCCACCAUACAAAAGAAAAUCAUCCCUUUUCUAAGCCUUCAGAUAGGCGAAUUCCUGUCCUCCUUCCAGUCUGUAUUCCCAGAGACUUUCACUCCAAAACUACACUUUCUCAUUCAUUAUCCACAACUGAUAUUGAAGUUUGGGCCACUGAAACAGCUGUGGUGCAUGAGAUUCGAGGGAAAGCACCAAUACUUCAAGCGAUUAGCCCACAACACGUGUAACUUCAAGAAUCUCAGCUACACCCUUGCCAAGAGGCAUCAGUUAAGGCAGUGCUGGGAACUGACUUCGCUGGAUUCCCUGCGUCAGGACAACUACACGGAGGGUGAACGGGUAGUACCUUUCCGCGCAUUACCACUGGAGAUACAGAAAGGUGUGAUUGGAAGAAGUGAGGCAGAGGAUGUUCAGGGUGAUGAGAAGCUUGGUGUUUGUAGCUCUCUUAUGACCAACAACGUGAAAUACUGUGUGGGAGACAACUUAAUUAUAGAUCUUGUGGAGGAGGACAUCCCAAUCUUUAUGAAGAUUGUGAAGAUUUUGCGGUUCAGGGGUGCUUGGAUGAUCUUCGGCAAGCUGCGGAUACCAAUAACAUUUGAAAGACAUUACCAUGCUUUCAAAUUGGAGGACCAGAAGGAGUGGAUUCUUGUGCAGCCAGGGGAGGAGAAAGAAUUUCAUCCUCUUGACACAUAUGUGCAUGAUGAUACCAAGUAUAUUACAUUAUACCACAGAGUGCAGUAUUCUAGAGCAACAAAUUGAUGGAGAGACUCUGCUGGGUCUCACGGAAAGGAUGGUGGAAAGACUUUUUCCUGUAAUGAAACAUCAGGUGACAUUUAUGAAGGAGCUUAAUAAGUUAAAAAACCUGGAAACUGAAGUGCCUCAAAUAUCUUGUACUCGACAAGAACCCUGUGAGAAUGAGGGCUCAUUUGUUGCCCAACCUUGGCCAGCAGUAUACAACCUGCCUGUCUUUCCCCCUGAACUGCAAGCAGCUUUGCAGAGGAAGGAUCCCGGCUUUAAGAAGAAGGACAAGUCCCACAUCCGUGCAUUACUGAUUCAAGUGUUGUUUGACAGCAUCACUAAGCACACCUGGUACCCAAAUCAUAAAAUGUAUGGAGAUGUUCUGGGGAGUUUGAUCACCUGCUUUCCAUUUUUGAAGGAUGGCAGCUCCUCUGGUUAUGAUACCUUGUUGGAAUGCCUUAGAAACAAAUUUAAAAAAGAAAGGAUUCCCUUGGUUAGCUCAUCGAUCGUCCUGCAAAUGAAGGAGAAGUAUGGGAUUAAAAGGAAGUGUGCUGGACAAACAGAUUCGGAGGAACUUGGUCAACAACAAGAGAGUGCAAAAUGUAGAAGAGAACCAUUGGAUAUAUUGGCAUUUAAAGAUUCUGCUUGUUCGCAGGAGAUUGUGUUGGACCUGGAAGUAAUGGGUGAGGAUGAGACAAGUUUCCGGGAACACAUUAAUGCCAUCACCCUGGAGUUGCGUAAAAGCAAUCCCAGUUACUCUGAAGUCAAGAACCGGAUGAAGCGCACUCUUUUCAAAAGAGUACAGCUUAUGGACAGGCCUGCAGCUGAAGUAAUGGAGCAGUUUCCUUUUCUUGGAGUGCCACAGCUUAUGCUGCAUGAAAUGACAAUGAGGUUUGGAACAGACUUGGCGAAGAACAUGGAAACAUCUCUGAAUGAAAUGGCACCAAACAUCAUCAGGAGUGCAAAAGAAGGAAGUCAAAAAAAACUCUACGCCAAUCUCACUGGACUAGCAGAGGAAACCACAGAAGGUCUCGUUAGGAAUGCUGCACUCAUUUUAUUGCCAGCACUAUUUAAAGAAAACGCCAGCUUCCUCUACUGUGUGGAUAGUGAACCCAAAGGUGCUACACCAACCAUAGUGUUUAACGGCUCUCCUGAUCCCCUCAAGGCUGAAAGCAUCAGCAUUAUAAUGGACAAUGUGAACAUCAUAAGAGAGGCAGACAUUGACAUGACACAGGCUGUGGAAUGCCUAUUUGCAGUCUAUUUUCUCUUCAAUGUGCAAUACCCGGUUGACAUUAAGCACACAAUGACUUUUAUUCAAAAAUAUAUGCUUAAACUUAGACAAGAGCACGGCAAAAGAACACCAAUACCUGUACUGAAAAUGUACAGUCAACUUGUGUAAAUUGUAGAGCUAUUUAAUAGUUGUUUUAAUUGUUCAUGUAUUGAUUUUUAUCUGCACUGUCAAAUAUCAAAAAAUAUUUAGUUUUUCCUCCUUUCAGAGAUAUAUGUAAAAGUGAAGUACUGUAUAUGUACAUAAACAAGCUUAUGUAUGUUUUUUGCAAAGUGAAAAUGCUUAAAUGAAAUAAUUCAAACUAAAUGGUUAAAUGUAAUUAAACAUCUUAAAUGUAAAAUGUGAAAUUUGCUGUCUAAUGCAGAGUAUACAGA